GAGCGCCGCGAUCCUCGGCUCGGCCAGCGGCCUAGUUCGCCUGCCGCUGGCGCUUCCGCUUCCGCUUCCGCUUCCGGGAGCCCCAGGCCCUCCGCGUCCGAGGCGCCAGGCAUGGCGAGGAGCCGGCUGGAGACCGUGGGGAGCGUUUUCUCGCGGACUCGGGACCUGAUUCGGGCUGGAGUGUUGAAGGAGAAGCCCCUUUGGUUUGAUAUAUAUGAUGCCUUCCCCCCGCUAAGAGAGCCGGUCUUCCGGAGGCCCCGCUUGCGAUACGGCAAAGCGAAAGCUGCUAUCCAGGACAUUUUGUACCCGGAGGAUCGGAUUAGAGCGAAAUUUUAUUCAGCCUAUGGAUCUGGUCAGAAAGUUUUUGAUCUGUUCAAUCCAAACUUCAAGUCUACCUGUCAACAGUUUGUGGAGAAAUACAUUGAGCUCCAGAAACUCGGAGAAACAGAUGAAGAGAAGUUAUUUGUGGAAACAGGGAAGGCUUUAUUGGCAGAAGGUGUCAUUUUGAGACGAGUAGGAGAAGCAAGGACUCACAAGGAAGGUAGUCACGUUUCCUGGAAAUCUGAACCCAAGGAUGCCGAACCCCAAACAGUAUUGGAAAAAAAACCAGCCUCUGCAAGAACUUCCACAGGACCAGCAUUCGGAGGCUUCUGAAGAACAGUCGAAAGGUCUUUCACCUCCCUGAAGAACUUGUAUACCGUGUAUACUGACAUCCAAACUGUGUUCACUAGAUGAAUGUUGAACUGUUUUUAACAGUUGAACUGUGUAAAUGUUUCACAGUCUCUAAGGCAAUAUGUUUGUCUUCUUUUAGUUUCUAUUUCUAGGUUGUCAUAAAUCUCAGUUUCACGGUUUAAAUGAACUUUUAUGUUGGGACGAUAUUAAAUAAAGAAUUCCCUGACUGUUUAUAAAGUAAAUUUACUUUAAAAGUGUAAAUAACAUGAAGAAACCUUUAUAAGCAUUGUUUGAAUGGGACUCAUUCUGACUAGGUUUGCUUGGAUUUUUGUGUUAACAUGUGGGUUAGCUAUAUUUGGUUCUCAGGUAUCUUUCUCUUUUCUGGCUCCUUCAGGCUUUUACUUGUGCAUUUGGUAUGUCCCCUGGGCCACCUGUUUCUGUUAACCCAUAAUCUUUACAUUUUGCUAUAGAGCUGUUGAUCUUCAGCUUAAGAGGCCCAGCUGACCUGUGCUUUGUGGUAAGAGUAAGAACCUAUCAUUGAUGAUAGACCAAGGUCAAAACCAUAGCUUUAAUCUCAUAGACUUAAGAGUUCUGGAGACAAUUAGCAUAUGCCCAAACAUAGUCUGCUCAGUAAAGAUUUGAAUGAAUAAACGAUUACAUUCAGCUAAAGACUGAAUUCAGAGAACAAGUAUAGAUAACUGGAUUGCCAAGAGGGGGCCAGCUCAGUUAGACACUGCUCUCCACCACCAUCCACUUGUCUCCGUGGUGUAGAGAUGUACUUACAAGACCGUACGAACUGUUCUCCUUUCUUCAUUUUCAUAUCUUCUGCUGAAUAAAUGAAAUAUUCUUCUGA